CAGAAGAAAGAAACGAGUAUUUCAAUUUUGUAGCAAAUAUUUUUGCAAAAACUUGAUGUUCAGCUAAAAGCACGUAGUAAGAUAUAAGAAAGUGGAAGCAACAGAUGCGUUCAGUAAAUGCAACAAUAGCAACACGAAAGAAAAAGACAAAAGAAACAUGAGAAUAAAAAAUAUAUGCGGCAUUUUUCUAGUCUGACCACUUUUUAUAAGUUUUUUUUUUCGGAUUAAACAAAAUAAAAUUCUUAUUGGAAACGUCAACGGCGUGGUGAAAUAAUUUAUAAAUAUGUAAUCGUAUUCAACAUAGUAAAUAUGGUUAGAAAUGUACAUUCGCGGCCAGCAGACAAAUGAUUCAGCAAAUAUUAUAAACUGUAUUUUAAAUAAAACAAAUUGAAAAAUUCACUAAAUCUUGCUUAUUACAUAAUUAAAGGCUGCUCAAAGUUCGAAAAUUUCGAAAACUAAUAAAAAUUGUUUCGACGUAUAAACUUAAAAUAAUACAUAUUAAAUUGCUCCUGCUGCAACAUGAACUCAAUAUUAAUUACUGGUUGUAAUCGUGGACUUGGAUUAGGUUUAGUGAAAGAAUUAAUAAAAUUAAACAACGCACCAAAGCACAUAUUUGCAACUUGCCGCGACUUAGCAAAAGCUACGGAACUGAGGGAAUUAGCCGACAAUAAUUCAAAUCUUACGCUUUUCGAAGUCGAUUUGCGUAACUUCGAAUAUUACAAUCAAGUUGUUAAUGAAAUUAAUGAAGCAACUGAAGGCUGCGGUCUAAAUGUACUAUUUAAUAAUGCUGGUAUAGCACCUAAGUCAACACGUAUUAGUUUAGUUAAAGAAGAAGAUCUACGAAAUACAUUGACAACAAAUACAAUUGUACCUAUUUUGUUGACUAAGGCUUGCUUGCCAUUAUUGAAGAAAGCAUCCAAAAGAUGUGCAAACAUAGAAAUGGGUAUAAAUCGUGCAGCUAUAAUCAAUAUGAGUUCUAUAUUGGGUUCCAUCGAAGAUAAUAAUAUUGGAGGACUAUAUGCAUACCGAACUUCUAAAGCUGCGCUGAAUGCUGCUACGAAAUCCAUGAGUAUAGAUUUAUUUCCUCAUAAGAUUUUGUGCGUUUCUCUGCAUCCCGGUUGGGUAAGAACUGAAUUAGGCGGUUCUAAUGCGCCACUUGAUGUUGAUACAAGCACAAGUACAAUCGUUAAAACAUUAAUGGAAUUAAAUUCAAGCCACAACGGUGGAUUCUACCAAUAUGAUGGAAAACAAUUACCUUGGUAAAAAUUAUUAAUAUUAAAAUAUUAAG